AUGAGAGGUUCUGCCGGUAAGUGGAAGGAUGCCAUCGAGUUUGUGUACUGCCACACAAACUAUGUGCUGUCCAAGUCUGCAUUGGAGUACUGGAGGAUCAGCCAGGCGUGCCUUGAAAAGAAGAAGCGGGCAAUCAUGGCAUCGAUCAUCCGAGUGGCAUAUGUGAAUGCCAAGGCAGCUCGGUUUAAGAUCCUGGGUUCGAUUCCCGGGGAGAUCCCCAAGUUCGGGGGAACGAGGGUCUCAGCUCAGAUGGCCAUGGCUGCACCGGAAGCGGCUGUGAUUGCUGGCAAAACAAUUAUGGGGCCAGCUGGUUGUGAGCCAGAGGGUGACUACCUGGAGGACCUGAUUGGCGAGAGACUUGACGAUGUCAUUGCAGAGUAUGGGGACACCAUGGCGACGGGUGGCACUGGUGGUGGUGCAUAUGGGAUGCCUGACCAUGAAACCAUGUGCUGGGCUAACCAGCAAAUAAACGUGUUGGAACUGGCAGUCUUGGCUGCUGGCACACCAGCACUUACACCGAUAACGUUUGUGUACACCAAAACGCAACAGACCUUCAUGCAUCCCUGCCGUGCAAUUUGCUCGACUUUUUUCGAGUGUUACAAAAUGAUGUUCGAUAUGAACAUCAAGCAUGUACAUACAUACAAGUUCUUGAACGGAAGGUAUGUUGGUAACGGUUUCGUGGUCCCUCACCCUUGGGAAAUUUGUGCUGUAUCCAUGGCUGCCAAAUCGGAUGCCUGA